GGGGCUUGCGCCAGGGGGUUGGGUGCUCGGUGUCAUGGAGGCGCAGUGAGAGCGCAGCAGCCAUUGAGGGAAGCUGAGCCGGAGUUUCUGCACGCAUUUUAUUAUUAUUAUUAUUAUAUUUACCCCUCAUUUCCUCUUAUUAUUUUUAAACUGCGCGUUAUAUAUUUAAAUCUGUAGCCAUGGAUAUGAAAAAGAGGAUCAGCUUGGAGCUGCGGAGCCGGACCCCGCUGGAGGUGACCGAGUUAGUGGUGGAUAACUGCCGCUCCAGUGACGGGGAGGUGGAGGGACUGACGGACGACUUCAAAGAACUCGAGUUCCUCAGCAUGGUUAAUGUCGGGCUCUCGUCUCUGGCUAAGCUCCCUACCUUGAGUAAACUCCGCAAGUUGGAACUCAGCGACAAUAGCAUUUCCGGUGGGUUGGAGGCUCUCUCGGAGAAGUGUCCCAACCUGACGUACCUGAACCUGAGCGGCAACAAGAUCCAGGACCUGAGCACCGUGAAGGCGCUGCACAGCCUGAAGAACCUGAAGAGUCUGGACCUGUUCAACUGUGACAUCACCAGCCUGGAGGAGUACCGGGAGAGCGUCUUCGACCUGCUGCCCCAGAUCAGCUACCUGGACGGGUUCGACCAGGAGGACAGCGAGGCCCCGGACUCUGAGGAGGGGGGCGAGGCAGAGGAUCACGAGGAGGAGGAGGAGGAGGAAGAGGAGGGUGCAGCCGCUGGCCCCACUGGAGGCUUUGACGACGACGAUGAUGAUGAUGACGAAGAGGACGGAGGGGUGGAAGAGGUUGGCCUUUCCUACCUCAUGAAGGAGGAGAUUCAGGAUGAAGAAGAUGAUGAUGACUAUGUGGAGGAGGAAGAGGAGGAGGAGGAAGUAGACGACGAUGACGAGGAGGGGGUCCAAGGAGAGAAGCGGAAACGAGACCCUGAGGAUGAAGGAGGAGACGAUGAUGAUGAUGAGGAUGACUAGACCCUUUCCGGCUGCCGCGGGAGGGACCCACUUUAAUCUCUACAACAAAAACCGUGUGACGAUAUUGCAGAGAAUUCCUUUAUAGAGCAUAGCUAGCACUGUUGGUGUGUGUCUAUUCUUUUUCAUAUGUAUAUAAGAAGAGGAAAGGUUUUGGUUUUAAUGAAGAUUCAUUUGUAAUCAUUCCAAGUCGUUUGUGCUUCCCAGCAAGUCCCAUACGUUUGGGAUUGGAGAGGGGAGGGGGUGCAGUUCUGCAAGCCCUGGUCAUCCCAACCACUUUGUGGUUCUUAAGCUGAGGGAACACUAAAUCACUUAGUGGCUUGGAACAUGGUUUCAGGAGACGAGGUUUCGGGCAGCUGCCUGGCAUACCAGGGGAGACUGGGGUUUGAUGCAGCAAUCUCAAACUAGGUCUCCUGGAACCAGUUUUCAAGCCGUUCCUGAAAAAGUGGUUUUCUGUCCCCAGGCUUUCCAUUCUGCAGUGCGGGUAGUGGACAGCAGGUGGCAGUCUACCUGUUUCUUUUCCCUUGUCAAAUACACAUCCACUUGUUUCACUGACUAGUCCAAAUUUAAUUUAUUCAGCCCAAAACAAUUUGCGUUCGGUCUGACUUGCAUAGAA